AACCACAUGAAAAGCAUUUUUCAUCGUUUUAACAAUUUGAGAAGAAACAUCUGCCUUUACUCUUCAACAAACCUGUGGACAUAAGUCUUUUUUUACCUUAUUGGUGGUGCAUUAAAAAAAAUAAAUCUUAAAACUUAAUCUGGGACAUGGACAUAUUUUGUGUUUUCAAUGGAUGAGUUUGCCGUUUCUGGAAAAACCUUAUAUGCAGGGAUCAUCCUCUGACUCGGGACCAAAGCAUAAACCAUUUCUUCCACAAACCAAUUUGCACACAGCUACGACAGAGAAAUUCCACGGUGGAGGUGGACAGAGUUCUGUCCAAGGACCCAGCCUGACGCACAGAGACAGACUGACAGACAGACAGUCUGAUGCCAACUGUCUCACCUGUCAUUCUCACUCCACCACUCCUCCUGCUGCUGCUGCUAUGCACCACCCACACCACCAUGGCAACCAACUGGCUCUCCCUGGCAAGGCUGCCUAGCUCCAGGGCCGUGUCUGGUGCUGCUCCAUGUGCACGGCUGAGGGGGCUGACCCCGGGACAGGUGGGGGUGUGCAGGGCGCGAGGGGAGGUUAUGGAGUCCGUACGCAAAGCAGCAGAAAUGGUUAUAGAAGAGUGUCAACAUCAGUUCAGGAAUCGCCGAUGGAACUGCUCCACCACCCCACGUGGGAUUAAUGUAUUUGGAAGAGUCAUGAACCAAGGUACUCGUGAGGCGGCCUUUGUGCAUGCUCUAUCUUCAGCAGCUGUAGCAUUGGCUGUGACAAGAGCCUGCACCCGUGGGGAGCUGGAGAGGUGUGGCUGCGACAGGAAGGUCAGAGGCGUCAGCCCUGAAGGCUUCCAGUGGUCAGGGUGCAGUGACAACCUGUCCUAUGGUGUGGCUUUCUCUCAAACCUUUGUGGAUGAACCUGAGCGUGCCAAAGGGCUGUCAGCAGGGCGCCCACUCAUGAACCUUCACAACAACGAGGCUGGUCGAAAGGCUAUUCUUCACAACAUGCAAGUAGAGUGUAAAUGUCAUGGUGUCUCUGGCUCCUGUGAGUUAAAAACCUGUUGGAAGGUCAUGCCCCCAUUCCGACGUGUUGGUGCUGUGCUCAAGGAACGCUUUGAUGGAGCCACAGAGGUCAGAUUAACACGUAUUGGGUCCAGGACAGCUUUGCUCCCCCGUGACCCCUAUGUCAAACCCCCCGCUGCCAGAGAUCUUGUCUAUCUAGCACCCUCUCCAGAUUUCUGCCACCUUGACCCAGAUAACGGCAUCCCUGGUACUGCUGGAAGGAGAUGUAACGGGACGUCCCGGUUGGCACCGGAUGGUUGUGAGCUGGUGUGCUGCGGCCCUGGGUACAGAGCGGGCCGGGCUGAGGUAGUGCAGCGCUGCUCCUGCAAGUUUUCUUGGUGCUGCUCAGUCCGUUGCCAGCAGUGCAAGAACACGGUGACCAUUCACACCUGCAGAGUUUGAAAUGGCUUAAACAAGACUGGACAGAGUGCAAUGGAAAACUUCAAAGAAGUCUGCAGAGAGACACUGUAGAAAUCAAAGCAGAAUACAACAGCUUUCACUCCAAAUGACAUUAAAUGCCUCCCAAAUACAU